CCAUCAUGUGUUGCAGCAGGAGCGCUCCGUUCAAAGGCGUGACAUUUGGAAGCGCGUUCACGUGAUCGCCACCGGCUCCUGCGCCGCGAGAGAGAGAGAGAGAGAGAGAGAGAGAGAGAGAGCGUCAUCAGAACACUGGCUUCCACCUUCCCCUGCAAGGAUAUCGAUGGAGGACGACAGGGAAUUUAGAGGUUAAAUCUACACAAGAAGACAGAACCAGAAGUCGUUGCACCAUCCAGAAGAAGGAGAAGAACAAGGGGGCAGACCCACGGAAAUUCUUUGUGUUGGCUCGAGGAGCUAAGGACCAGAGGAGGCUGUGCAGAAAGGAAGGAGGACCAGAGGAGGCUGUGCAGAAAGGAAGGAGGACCAUGGAGGGGAUGCAGGCAUAUGGAGCGGGGAAAGCCGGAGGAGCCUUUGACCCGGUCACCUUCUUCCGGCAGCCUCAGACUGUUGUUCGCAUCGUGUCUUGGGUCUUCUCCAUCGUGAUCUUUGGCUGCAUCGCCAACGAGGGCUACAUCAACCGCCCCGAGGAGCCGGAGGAGUUCUGCAUCUUCAACCGCAACCAGAACGCUUGUAACUACGGCGUCUUCAUGGGCUCCAUGGCCUUCCUCUGCUGCAUGGCUUUCUUGGCUCUGGACGUCUACUUCCCCCAAAUCAGCAGCGUCAAAGACCGCAAGAAGGCCGUGCUGGCGGAUGUCGGCUUGUCAGCGUUCUGGUCCUUCAUGUGGUUCGUGGGUUUCUGUCUCCUGGCCAAUCAGUGGCAGGUGAGCAAGCUGGAGGACAACCCCUUGAAGGAGGGGGGGGACGCCGCCCGGGCAGCCAUCACCUUUUCCUUCUUCUCCAUCUUCACCUGGGGCACUCAGACCCUCCUCUCCAUGGAGAAGUUAAAGAACGUGACGUUCGAAGAGGAGUACACCAAGCUGUUCCCCCCCCAACCGCCCCAAGUCUGAGCCCCAGUUAGUGGAGACCAUCUUCAGCGGAGACAUUUCUACUCCGGUGUCUUGUUCAUUGACUUUGUUUGAAUUCUUGUUGCCUCUCGUUUGAGGAGAAAAAGAUUCUGGUUUCUGAUUGUUCACUAAAGAGAACAUACGUAUUGAUGCUGUUUUUAUCUCCACCAACACGUCCCUGAAGGGCUUCAGAAGGUCCAUCUGCUGUUUUCUGACAGUGACUUUAAGCGUUUCAUUUCUUAUUUCGGUACCUUCCAGAAUUAUUGUGACCAUUUAGUAAAAAAAUGUCUUUAUUGUUUAUGCUCAUUUCCUUCUUCUCAAAACAUUCACACAAACCAAACCUUCAACAGAAGGAACUUAAUUAAAAGUUCAAAGUAGUUACUUCAGUUGAAGGUUAGAUGUCUGUGAAUAUGAAUGAAAGAUCAUGACAAUAAAGAAUAAAGACAUUUUUUCCAUCUUUUCACUGAAGGGUUAUUAGGUAACACUUCUCAAUGAGCAGGCAUUGGAUGUGUGUGUUUUAUUUCAUCUUCAUGAAUGUGUUGUAAUACAUUUCAUUUGAUCGACUAGAAGUGAAAAAGCCCCAGCGGUUUGAGUGGAGAAGGUCCUCUGCCCCCCCCCCCCCAUCUUCUAUUGAUAGAGAAUGAGCGUUGUUGUGUUUCUCAGCAUCAAUAAAGCACAGGGACUCAUCUGAACUCCUUUAUUCCGCGCUGACGAAUCUCCUCCAACUCAAACUAAUAAGCUCCAAACCCGACUAAUCAAAGCUUCGUCUCUUUGUUCUUCCUCCCUGCUCUAACACCUCCUCCAUCUCACCACCCUCCACCCUUUCCCUCACGCUUCUCUAUUCUAUCUUCUGCUCGUCCGACCCCCCCCC